AUGACCACUAUACCACCUCAAACUCCUACAAACACAGCUCCAGCGGCCCCGACACCGCCGAAUAAUACCAACUCCAAUAACAACUCCAACCUCAACCCCAACUUCAACUCCAACUCCAAUCCCGCACCACAACCCAAACCAACAUCCGCAAUGGGCGAAGCCAACGGCUCAAACACUCCCAUGGGAGAUCUAUCCGGCCUCUCUGCGACGCAAGUCCGGCCUGGUGGUGCGCCUGCGCGGGUUUAUCUGAAUGAGAAGAUUGUGCCGUAUUUGCUUGAAGGGAUGAAGUCUGUUGCGAGAGAACAACCUGCCAAUCCUUUACGGGUACUUGGUGAAUUCUUGCUUCAGAAGAGUAAUGAGGUCGAAGGUGAGGGUAAGAAGGACUCGGAGUAA